GAACGCAACCACUCUCUAUUUAUCUUUCAAAAACAGCUGUUCAUUACUUCGAAAAGGUUUGGCAGUGUAAGCUAGAAUAAAUAAGAAAUUAUACAAUUCCUGUUUAUCGUACUUCAGUGAAGAGAUAGGAAAAUGAUUAAUUCAUCCGUCAUUAUCAGUGGAGAGGCUUCUGAAACGGAUAGUGAUGAUGAUAACUGCAAGGUGAAAGAUAUGACUACAAGUACUUCUAUUCAAGCUGCAAUCGUAACAGGCGAAGACUCGGAGUCUGACGAUGAAAACCCAGGCAGCAUUGCAAGUGCAGUAUCCGUUUUAACACAGUCAGCACAAGAGUUUACGAAAAGUGGUCUUAGCGAUCAACAUAAGAGUGAUUCGCUACUGCAUAAAAAACUAAGAGAGUGUAAUGACCAAUUAUGCACUGAUCUUGAUGCAUUUUCUCAAAGUGUCAUUACACAAGCUGGAAAAAAUUUAACUGCGAUUGAUCAAGAAUUACUAAAGUCUCAAAAUACUUUACAAACCGCUGUCACAUCACUGCGGGCGUUACAUCUUAACUCUGCAAUGAUUAAAGAAAAGUUGCAAACUAUACUUUCUUCAAAAUUUUUGUCUAAUAUUAAGUAGCGGUAUUUUUUAAAUGAUCUAUACUUAUAUGGUUUUCACUUUGAAGUGAACCCGGACAUAGUACCUAUUCCCAUAAAUUGUUAUAUCUUCCAUAUACUUUAAUGUGCCACCUAACAAAAUACAUUAUUGUAGACACAUACUUUAAGGGCUAUGGUAAGUAUAUAGUCAUAAUCUUGCGCAAUACCUACCCCACAUAAUAAAUCCACUUUACAACUAACGGGCGAUCAAAAAUGAGUUGCUGUCGAGUUGCCUUUGGAAAUUCAAGUUAAGUACGAUUUACCAUGUAAACAAAAAUUCCAAAGGUGACUCGAUAGCAACUCAAUUUUGAUCGCAUAGUAGUAUGUGGGUAGUAGUAGAUAUUUUGUUGGUAAACAACAAAUGACUUGCAAUUGUGUACAUGUGUAUAUAUUCCAAUAAAAAAUGACAAUAGCAUACAGUCAUGUUA